AGAUGCUGCGGCUGUGCGGGGAGGCUGAGGACAAACUGGCGCAGGAGCUCAUCCACUUUGAGCUGCAGGUGGAGAGGGACGUCAUUGAGCCGCUCUUUGUGCUGGCUGAGGUGGAAAUCCCAAAUAUCCAAAAGCAGAGGAAGCACUUAGCGAAGCUCGUGCUGGACAUGGACUCCUCCAGGACGAGGUGGCAGCAGUCGGUGAAGUCCUCGGGGCUGGCCAGCAACCUGCAACCCUCGGGCGCCAAGGCCGAUGCUCUAAGGGAGGAGAUGGAGGAGGCAGCCAACAGAGUGGAGAUCUGCAGGGACCAGCUCUCGGCUGAUAUGUACAAUUUUGUGGCCAAAGAAGUCGACUAUGCAAACUAUUUUCAAACUCUGAUCGAGGUGCAGGCCGAGUACCACCGCAAAUCCCUGGCGCUCCUGCAGAACUUCCUGCCACAGAUCAAAGCCCAGCAGGAGGCGUGGAUGGAGAAGCCCUCCUUUGGGAAGCCCCUGGAGGAGCACCUGGCUGUCAGCGGGCGGGAGAUCGCCUUCCCCGUGGAGGCCUGUGUGACCAUGCUGCUGGAAUGCGGGAUGCAGGAGGAGGGUCUCUUCCGGGUGGCUCCCUCGGCCUCCAAGCUGAAGAAGCUCAAGGCUGCCCUGGACUGCUGCGUGGUGGACGUGCAGGAGUACUCAGCUGACCCCCAUGCCAUUGCAGGAGCCCUCAAGUCCUACCUGCGGGAGCUGCCCGAGCCCCUCAUGACGUUUGAGCUGUACGAGGAGUGGAUCCAGGCCUCCAACAUCCCAGAACAGGAGAAACGGCUGCAGGCUCUCUGGAAUGCCUGUGAGAAGCUGCCCAAAGCCAACUACAACAACAUCAGGUAUGUGAUUAAAUUCCUGGCCAAGCUGACCGAGUACCAGGAUAUGAACAAAAUGACCCCGAGCAACGUGGCCAUCGUGCUGGGGCCCAACCUGCUGUGGCCACAGGCGGAGGGGAACAUGACAGAGAUGAUGACGACGUUGUCACUGCAGAUCGUGGGCAUCAUUGAGCCGCUCAUCCAGCACGCAGACUGGUUCUUCCCGGGAGACAUCGAGUUCAAUGUGACUGGGAACUACGGCAGCCCCCUGCACGUGAACCACAACGCCAACUACAGCUCCAUGCCCUCGCCGGACAUGGACCACGGCGAGCGCCGGCAGCACGACCAGGCCCGGCGGCCCCUCAGUGUGGCCACUGACAACAUGAUGCUGGAGUUCUACAAGAAGGAUGGCCUUAGGAAAAUCCAAAGCAUGGGCGUCAGGGUGAUGGACACCUCGUGGGUGGCUCGCCGAGGCACCUCAGCGGGGCGCAAGGCGACCUCGGCCCCCCCGGCCGGGCAGCCCCCGGCCCCGCCCGCCGAGCUCCCCCCCACGCCCCACUCGCCCAUUCCCGAGCAGUCGCCGGAGAUUUCAGCAACGCCCUCCCCGCCUCCCACCAGCUUCGGCUUCCCCCCGGCAGCCGAGCGGACAAGGUCUGCUCCGUUUUGAGGUCCCCUCCCUCCACGUGUCGCCGGACGCCGCCCUAUGCCGGGACCCGCCAGAGGCAGCACAGAGACUCUCGGGGACGAGCCUGACCCCGCGGCAGGAGGAGGAGGAGGAAUCGGAGAGCACAGCCCUAUGACAGUGUUCUUGUCCCCAAGCUCAUCCGUGCGGCACCCAGGGGCCAGCACCGGCCGCCGGCACCGAGGGCCACGGGCCAGUUUUGGGCGGCGAAGCUCCCGGUUUGGGGACAGCCGCUGUUCUUUAGUUCAUUUUUGUUCGCCUUAUCCAGACUUUGCCUUUGAACCGGGUGCCUGCCCCCCCCGCCCCGCAGCACCCACGACCCCGCGGUGAUGCCACCACGUCCUCUGCGCUCCGAGCCGGGUGCCACUGGGUGCUGGCCAGGUGACAAGGAGCUCGCCGGCGCUUUGCAGUGGGAUUUCCUUUCUUCGGCUUCUUCCCCCUCCGCUUGUUCGGGAGCAGGAUGGGACCUGACCAGCAAUAACCUGGGGAUUCAGGAUGUGCCCCCCCAGCUCUCGGGGUGCUGGUGGGGAGGAGCACAUCCCUCAGCACCCGCUGUCCCCGGGGGUUGGUGGCUUUGAUCGUGCAUGCACAGACAAAUUAACCUUUUAUCCUUUCCAGAGAGAGAAGAUCUAUAUCUAUAUAUAUAUAUAUAUCGGCAGAGAUAUAUAUAUAUUCUAUAUUUGUAUAGAGAGAGAGAAAUUAUAGAGAGAUUUGUUUUAUUUGGAGCCAUUCCCGCCCGGCCGGGGAGAGAGGGAGGAUGGAAAUGGCAGCGCUUCGUCCCCGCCCCGCUCGCGCCGUGCCCCCCGCCCCAGGUGGGCACCGGGGGGCACCAGCACCCCAAAGCAAUCAAUAAAUCAAAUAAAUCCGUGUGCCACUAGCUGAGAACUGCC